UGCCGAAUCCUCGUAAAAAAAACAGGUCUCAGCUGCAGCGGUUGCUAGCGCUACAUCUUUUGUUAGGAAAUUUCAUAGACGUCAGAAGAAAUAAAUAUGUCAGACACGGGUGUUCCUGCAAGCACGCUAAGGUUUCUGUUCGAGGGACAGAGAAUUGCAGACAACCAAACUCCAAAAGAGCUGGGGAUGGAGGACGAAGAUGUCAUCGAGGUGUAUCAAGAACAGACUGGUGGAUUUUGGAACGAUUAAACCUGCAUUUUUCAAUCUUUUUUUAUAUUAUUUUAUUUUGUUUUGUAUGAAUGUGUUUUUGUUCAGUUUCAAACCAUCUGGAUCAAUAUGAACUCAAACUGGGCUUCCACAUGUGAGAACAGGGAGGUGGAUGGACAGCAGGUCUCUAGUUCUGCAGAUGCAACGAGGCUCGUGUUGUCAAACAGCGAUCAGUCUUAUUCUCAAAUCCACACGGACAAUCCUCUGCUUCUUAACUGUUUCAUGUUUUUUUUAUUGUACUUGUUUUUUUUUUUUUGUUAAAAAGGUGGAAAUUUUGUCUUGUAAAAAUGUUGCCCAAAGUUCAAAACAUUUUAAACGUACACAUUUUUCUUUCCAGUUGUGUAAAAAAUUAAAAUGUUUGUCCACAUAAAAACAGAAUAGUUUUACUCUCCGAAAGCCCAACAGUUUUACUCAGUUUAAAAUGUUUCAUGUGUAAACAUCAUUCUUUUAGAUGUGUAGCUAUCACUCCUGCUUUGGAAACUUUUCUAAUAACCAGUCAAAAGUAAGCAGUCGAGUCAAGAGUCGAGUGUGGUCAAAUUGAAAAUGUUACUGAAAACUGAAUUUCUCAUAUUACCAGUGGACUUGUAAGGCCUUGGUUCUUGUUUCUGAAAGAUGUAAAUGUUUUGACUGGUGAGCAGGAAAGCAGAGAAACCAAGCUGUCAGCUCAGCAGGGUUAGUUAUGAUUUGGAAUAACUUGCAACCUGUAAAAAACUGCAUUUUUAAAAAUUGUUCUAUUGAAAAUCUAUUUUAAAAUUGAUUCUGCUUAUUCAUCUUCUCCACUGCCAAGCUAAAUGUACUGCUGCUACUUUUAGCAGGUCUCAUGACAUGAAGUUUUGGACACAUAAUGUGGUGUGUGUUCGUUUGACCAGCUGAGAUCAGAACACUUUCAAAUGUGGGCUGGCAGGACUUUGUGUUGGGAUUCAAGGCUUUUAAGAUGUUCUGCUGUCUGACACGGAGUGAUCGUUUUCAAACAAACUCCCCCUUGGCGUCCCUCUGUUCAGCUCUGCCACCCUGCAGGAGCAGCUGGUAACUGUGGCAACAGUUGAAAUCACAAGAAAAUACUUUGUUUUAAUUGGCUGUUUUCACUGAUUUCUUUGAUUGAUGGUAUUCUUGUUAUGAAACAAGCAGUUUUUAUUAGAACCAGAAUGUGUGUUUCAAGUUUUAACAUCAACAAUGUUGAUGAGCAUUUAUUUUCAUUAAAGUUACCAGGCUCUGCUUCAAGUUUCAUUUGAUGCAAUCCAUCAUUUUGUUCAAAUUUGUUUUUGUCCAGGACAUUUAAAAACUGGUUUUGUGUAACUCAUGACAAUGUUGUGUUAGUAGAGCAGAGGACAAAGUUUUACAUCAAACCUGUCACACACACGCACGUCUUGGUUUAUAUUUUUAUUUAAGGCAGUUAAGCAGUUCACUUUGUGCUCACAGUGAAAAGUAGUGUGCCAUUGUUACAGUAGUUAUGAAUCAUUUACAGCCCAUCUGUGCUCGUGUUACGGAUCUGCACCCAUGUGAAAUCAUAAAAUAACAAUACAGUCACAGUUGAAAGUUCAGUCAUUUUAGUUUUUUAACUGUACUUUUUUGGUAUAUGUUGUGCUCAGUAUCAGUAUGCUUGAACAAUGUAAAAACUUCAUUCUGUAAUGUUAAAAUAUAUACAUAACACUUUUCGUACUGACAAAAGAUAUUUUAAAACUGAUAAUUUUGUUCUUCAAGCAGUUUGUUAAAAGCUCCUUGAACAGAAUAUUUCUUAUUUUAGGGAUUCUUUUAAAGCUUUUUUCCCCCACAGUUGGAAUGAAACUUGUGUUCUUGUAUGUUCUAAAGUCCCCAACAUUAAGUCCAGCCCACACAAUUUGAUAAGAACUUAAAACAUUUGUCUGUUUCAAAUCGGAUGAAAUUAAGCUUGGUAUAACAUAGAUGUAAAUGUUUCUACUGCCAAAAAAAUAAAACAUAGUUUCAUUCCCACUGAUGCAUGCUAUGAAACAAUAUCAAAACCUGUGCUUUUAAAUAUUGUCUUGUUGGAUUCCACCCCCAAACUCAAUUAUCUGUUAAAGUAUUUAUAAGAGAUCAGUUCAGGUGAGCUCCGAGGAUGGUGGGGGGACUUAAUCACCAGAGGAACUUUGAUGCAGAUGGUUUGAAUUAUUAUUUUUUAUUUGAAUAAAAAUUUAAAGGGAAAAAA